CUUUCUCUCUCUUCAUUUUUUUAUUUUAUUUUCCUUAAAAAAAAACCCUUUCUACAUAUUAAAUAUAAUGACACCAAUGGAAUCACUUUUAAAUGCUAUUGAUAGUGCACAUCCUAUCCAUCUUCCAUUACCUAAUAAACGUGCUAGACAGACUUCACCUCAACAAGCCAUGUCUAUUCAAAAUAUGUUGGACAAUGAGCGACCAUGCAAGCGAUAUUGUUCUCCCAUGAGUCCACCCACACAAUCACCCAAAUUAUACCAAUCCACACUCACCAAAUCCAACCUGGUUACAUGUUAUCAUGCAUCCGUUGCUCAGAAAUCCUACGGCUCCGAAAAGAGGUUUCUAUGUCCACCGCCUAUUGUCAUGAUGUCAGAAUCCAACCACAUCCCACUCGUCUCCAUGUCCGUUGUCUGUGAAACCAACACCGACACCAAGCCAUUAGAACAACGUACACUACUGGAUGAAAACUUGAGAGGUAGCUUUAAAUAUCUCUUCGUCACAGGUACCGCCAAAGCAAAACAAUUUUGUUUGCGUGUCAAUUUAGUGCAGCAACAUCAACAGCAAUUACCUUAUGCAUCCUUCUACAGUAAUCCCAUCUCCAUCAUCUCAAAACCUUCUAAAAAGACAGCCAAAGCCAGAAAUGUCUCCACCUGUUUAUUCACUAAUUCACUCGUCUCUUUAUUUAAUCGCAUCAAUUCACAAACUGUCCGUACAAAGUACUUGACUUCAGAAAAUAAGCAAUUGUGUGCCAAACACUCUUCUUGGUCCCCCUUUGAAAUCAUUGUUGUAAGACAACCCAAUCAGGUGGUCAAUCCAGAUAAUCAUAGUGUCUCUGUGCCCAUUACCUAUGGUACCGAAAUCAUCUUAAAAGAUGUCAAUACCGGUGUUUCUUCACCUCCCUUGAUCAUUCGCAAGAUCGAUAAAGGAAAUGUGGUGCCUGGUGCCUAUGGUUUGUUGUCUCAGAUGCAAAAGAUUGCUCUCCAAUUAGCUUGUUCCAAUUCAAAACCUCUCUAUUUGAACGCCAAUGGGACUGCCAUGAACAUGCAAGAUACGCCUACGAUGGAAGGUAAUAUCAAUCAUAAUACCAGUGCCUGGAUUGAUUUCACACCCUCUACCAUGCAUGAGAACAAGACUGAAUCGGUGGAUGAUUACUUGUGUUGGACCAUUGUGGGUAUUAGCAAGUUUGAAUAUGCUUAUUCCGAAGUCCAACAAGUCCAGCAACAAGUCCAACAACAACUACAAAUCUCGUCACCCCCACCUUCACCACCACGUACACUCAUUCCUUUUCCCGUCAUUUCUUGCGUUGAAUAUUUACAAGCGCAACAUUCUUUACGAGUGAUUGGACAACAUUUGAUGCAAUCGUCUCGACUAUUAGAAUUUUGGCUUGGUACGCAUGGACCAUUAAAUACCACGGUAGAAAACAAUGUACUUUUGAUCGGGUUACCAGAGACAGAACAGAUCUUGAUGACGAAUCAUGAUUUGUUGGUGACCAGACCGGAUGGUGCUAGAUACUUUGAAUUGCCUCUUCUUUUGGUCCGACAACAAGAUGGCUUUGUAUACCAUUCAACUAAAUCUCUUUCCUAUGAUAUUGAAGUCGAUUCCGAUGGAGGCAAAUGGUCAGUGAAUAACGACUCAUCUUCCUCUUCCUCUAUGACUUCUUCUCCAUAAAUAAUACCCCCACACUCUCCCUUUCCUGUAUAUGUUUCCCAAAAUGUGUAAAUAAAAAAUAAUAUCCCCGCUCUUUUUUAGAGAUAAGCUUAAAAUCAUCUGAUCUUAUCUAUGGCCCAUUGGAAAAUGUGUGUGGGAAAAAAAAACACAACCCAAAAUGUUUAAAACCCUAAUC